AUGGAGUCUGCGGUGCCCAUAGCGUCCCAGACCAAUUCUUCAGACUACUAUGACGACGACUCUCAAUUUUUGGAAGCUCUGAAUACCACUGUACUCCCUGGAGAUGUGCCCAUAUGCAGUCCUCUAAGAGAUCAGUCUUUAGUACCAUCUCAAACUUGUGACACCCUUCCCCCAACCCAACCCUCUACAAAGCGACGUCGUGACGAUUUUCAAUCUCCAGAAGAAAAGGAUGGGGUACAAAUCCCGUCUGAAGAUGAGGUCUACGGACCAGCUCAUUUUGGAGAUUUUGGAGAGUAUAUGCGAAGGAAGAGGGCCAAACUUCAAAUACAGAACAGUGAUCUGGCGCAGUCCCGUGAAUCUGGGAUAUUCAAGGGUCUGUCGAUAUAUGUCAAUGGAUGGACCCGUCCAUCUGUGCAACACUUGCGACAGAUGAUAGUUCAGCAUGGUGGUGUUUUUCAGGCCUAUCUUACAAAAAAAUCCGUUGUCACCCAUAUCAUCACAUGCUCCCUCACUCCUGCGAAAAUCCGAGAGUUUAAGCAUAUGAAAGUUGUUCGUCCUGAAUGGCUUACUGAAAGCAUUAAGAACGGGAAACUUUUGUCAUGGAAAGAUUUUAAAUAUGUGCAUCAGGAGCGCAUUGAACCUACUCAAGGGGCCAAGAGCAAUCAAGAAAGCCUUCUUCAAGCCACCAAAUCUGCACCAUCAACGAUCCCGCCGGUUGAUCCGCUAAGCAACACUACACCACUGGCGUUCAAACAUCCAGUAUCCGCGGAAUUGAAUGCCGAGGAACAGCAUUCAGCCCAUGAUUCCAUACCUGGUAGCGAUCCAUGCAACAAAGGAGAUCAACCACGGUUACCCAGCUAUGCUGCUGACGAGUCUAACCCAAACGCGAAACGGGCAAUGGCCAAUCCUGAAUGGCGAAAAGCUCAUACCUCGGUAUCUACAGACUUUAUUGAUGGCUAUUACAAAAACUCGCGUCUCCAUCACUUAUCUACCUGGAAGUCUGAGUUGAAGAAUCUUGUUCAAGAAGCACAAGAACGCGCUGAAUCUGGCUCGUCAUCGGAACGUGUUGGAAAGAUAGCUUCUGAGCAACACGAAGGAUUCUCUGGUGGCCUCAGUAUGAAAGGAUCUGAAUUCGUCAUGAGGUCUCCAAAAAAGUGGAAAGGUAAAGAAAGAGCUACAGGCGAUGAGGACCGAGUUAUCAUGCAUUGCGAUUUCGACUGUUUCUUCGUGUCUGCUGGUUUGGUUUCCCGUCCGGAAUUGAAAGGGAAACCCGUUGUAGUGUGUCACUCGCAAGGUAGUCAGGGCGGGGCUUCCAGCACUAGCGAAAUUGCUAGUGCCAGUUAUGAAGCCAGGGGGUUUGGUAUCAAGAACGGUAUGAGCUUACAGCAAGCUCGUCAAUUAUGCCCUGAUAUCAUAACUAUACCUUAUGAAUUCGAUCGCUAUAAGGAAUAUUCUCUCAAGUUCUACACAGUCUUAAUGGCACACGCCGAUGACCUUCAAGCUGUCUCCGUCGAUGAAGCGCUUAUUGAUGUAACUACUGCCGUCAACCAAUUACGGGUACAAAGUGGCGCACACAAUCCAGCAAAAGACUUUGCAGAAAUAAUUCGUGCUCAGGUGCACUACGCGACAAAAUGCGAAAUCAGCAUCGGUAUAUCACACAACAUACUACUGGCUCGGCUUGCUACACGACGCGCUAAACCAGCAGGUUCUUAUCAUUUGUUACCUGAAAAUAUCCCAGAAAUAAUGGCUCCAUUACAAAUUUCCGAUCUCCAUGGAUUUGGUUGGUCAACCAAACGGAAAGCACAAGAAAAGCUUGGAGUAAUCACUCUCGGAGAACUGGCGAAGAAAAGCAAAGGCGUUCUGAUAGAGGCCCUUGGAAAGGCUACAGGCGAAACGCUAUACAACGCUAUCCGUGGUGUUGAUGACAAGAAGUUGGAAUCCGAUAAACCUAGGAAAUCAGUAUCAUGCGAGAUAAACUAUGGCAUUCGUUUCGAGAACAAUGAACAGGCUGAAUCAUUUAUUCGUCAAAUGGCAACUGAAGUAAAAAAAAGAUUGGAUGCAAUUAACAUGGUGGGCCGAUCGAUAACUUUGAAGAUUAUGAAACGUGAUCCGACAGCCCCAGUCGAGCCACCAAAAUUUCUAGGGCAUGGCGCAUGCGAUCUCUUCAACAAACAAAUGCCUCUCAUUGAUCCCGGAGGAAAGGCAACGAGUGAUGCAGAAAUCAUUGGGAAUCACGCCUGCAAGUUGUUGAAAUCAUUUCAUUUCGACCCAAAAGAAUUAAGGGGCAUUGGGAUACAAGUACAGAAGCUUGAAUCCUGUACGGCUGCCAUAAUGGUACCGCAAGGGCAAGCAUUACUUCCCUUUAAAAGUAAAACUUCAAGUUCAACAGAUGCCUCCAAUACCGCUGGGUAUAAUAAGCAAACUCCGGAAAGGAGCAGCGACGCUGGUUUUGCUCUAGCGAACCCAACGACACACACACAUGCUGAUUUUGACUUGCCAUCUUUUUCUCAAGUUGAUAUGUCUGUGUUUGAAGCUCUUCCUAGGGAUGUCCGGGAGGAACUCGAGACCGAGUACAAGCGCCGUUCAGCCUCCCCUUUCACUUCUGCAGGUCCUAUUGGUGACCCUAUGAAAAGUCUUGCUCCUCAACAAGUUCAGGUAACCAAACGAAGGUCUGUUACUCCAUCCGUUUUCCCUCAAAAACCAGAAGGAAGAGGGUCAAACUACAAGCGAAUCGCGCAGCAGCUCGCACCUCGCACUGGUGCCAGUGUUUCGCCUCAGAAGAGUUCCAUAUACACGUGGGCAAAGAAACUUCAGGAAAAGAAGAAGCCGACUGGUGUCAGAAUCACAAAUGUGGCCUUGAGGGAUCUGAACCUUGACCCUGAUGUCUUUUUCAUGUUGCCCUUGAAGGUGCAGCGCGAGCAACUUGUGAGGGCACGCCUAAUCAAGCAAAAAGGCGCCAUUCCGGAACCUCCCCCAAAGAAGAAGAUUUUGAAGCCCCGCAAGCACGAACUGCCUCCGGAUUUUGUACCCUAUCGUGCUCCCAAACCGAAGGCGAAUCAUCCUCCGCCACCCUUUCUCCGCCAACAAGGGCCCAAUAAAGGGGAAAAAUUGUACUUUACGGAGACAGAUGAUAUUCAGGCUGUUGUGGAAAAGUGGGUUAUGGCAUACAGGCAUUGGGCACCUCGUAACAAGGACGUUGAGUUCUUGUCAAAAUUUUUGGUGCAAUCUGUCGACCGUUCGAAAGCGACGGACGUAGGUGUUGAGCGGGCAGUGGCAGUGAUGAAGUGGUGGAUGGUUUUGCUCCGACGAUUCUUUCCCACUUCUGAGUAUCUAGAUGAGGACGACCUUGCUUGUAGCCAGAGAGACACUGUUGGGGAAGCUUGGUGGGAUGCUUUAUAUGGAGUGCAAGAUGAAAUGGAUAAUGUCACUGCGAAGAGGUUCGGGGGUCGACUUUCCUACAAAUAG